CCAAGGAAAAAUCACCCAGCUUCCGCCCUGGAACUACAAUUCUCUGCUUGCUAUACAAUCGACUAUAUUCUUCAUUAAAAAUGGCCGACCACUAUCGAGUUCCCGCGACCGCUGUCAACGGUAACAAAGCGUCUGGCGCAAUUACGCCUCGCGAAAUCGCCUGCUACAUUGUGGAAACAGCUGUGAUCUUGCACCCUUCUCAGAAGCAGCUCAUUGAGACUACAGCCACACAUCCGCAAGGUGAAAUGAUGGGCGACAUAACGCAGCUGGCCUGGUUCAAGUGGCUACUUCGUCUAAUGAACGCGAGGAAAGUUGUUGAUGUUGGGGUUUUCACGGGCUGCAGCGCUCUCGCAGCCGCACUUACAAUUCCGCCGAACGGCAAGGUGUACGCCCUCGACGUCUGCGAAGACUUUGUCAACAUAGGAAGACCCUUCUUCAGACAAGCUGGCGUUGAUUACAAGAUUGAGGUGCGCAUUGCCCCGGCUAUUCAGAGCUUGGAGGAUCUUCUGGCAGAGCUUGGUGGGGACUCUAUUGACUUCGUAUUCCUUGAUGCGGUUAAGAUGGAGUAUCGUGAAUACUACGAAAGAGCACUCAAGCUUGUUCGACCUGGAGGUGUUAUCGCUUUUGAUAACAUGUUGCAAGGCGGCCGCGUGGUCAAACCUACGGCCAAGGACUCCCAAGCAAAUUAUAUUCGAGAGCUCACAAUGAAGUUGCGGGACGAUCCUCGAAUCGACUUCUCUCUGUUGCCAGUUGGAGAUGGAUUGGCUCUAGCUCGUAAACUUUAAUUAUACAAGGGAAUUCUUCAUCGGCAAUGGCAGUAAAUAAAUACGAACGAACAAUAAAAAAGCUUAGUAAAGAUAAGUGUA